AUGGCUAUUCCAAUUCCCAGCCCUCUUACACCGAAAUCGGUUACUUCUUAUGUCCUCUCAGUACUAGAAGCGUCAGACAACACCCCCUACAUAGGUGAGCCGAUAUCACAACUCCAACACUCUCUACAAGCCGCAGAUCAAGCUGCAUCUACAUCGCCACCCGUGGACGAAGCCACACAGGUCGCAGCUCUCCUCCACGAUAUCGGGCAGUUCGUCCCCGGAAAGGAUCUCAUCUCCUUGACUGGUGGCAAAGCCGAGAACCUUGGCGGAGCAGCAACAGGCGAGAGCGUCGGCCGUGUUGGGCACGACACAUUGGGCGGACGCUUUCUUCUUGCGCUCGGCUUCUCAUCCAAGGUAGCCCGCCUGGUUGCAUCGCAUGUCGAAGCAAAGAGGUAUCUGUGCGCCGUUGACAGCGGAUACUACAACAAGCUCUCGGACGCCUCGAAGAAGUCCCUCGCUUACCAGGGCGGGCCGAUGAGUGGCAAGGAGCUUGACGAUUUCGGCAACGAUCAAUGGUGCAGGGAGAUGUGUCAAUUGCGGGUUUGGGACGACGAGGCAAAAGUAGAAGGUCUGGAGGUGAGGAGUUUGGAGAGCUGGAGGCCCAUAAUUGAGCGGCAGUUGGAGGAAAAAAAGCAAGUAGCGGAAAAACAGUCAUGA